UUUUGCUGUAAUUAACCCACAAACUUACAAAGAAACGAAAAGAAAGGAGAGAUGGAGCUGCUUCAACAUUUUAGCCAUCAACAUCCAUUGAUUUUCAAUGAAGAGCAAAUCCAUGAAAAUGAGAAGCAUGCUUAUUGCUCAGGAUGUGGGGAGCUGGUGUCUGGUCCAAGCUUCAGUUGUGUGGAGUGUGAGUUUCACCUUGACAAGAAGUGCGCUGAGGCACCUUCACAGCUAAAUCACCCCUUACACCACAAUCACAGCCUUGAUCUUGUAGCAAGCCCACCAUAUGUUACAGGUCUGUGUACUUGUCAUUUCUGUGUCAAAAGAUGUGAGAAGUUUGUUUAUGAUUGUUCUUGUGAUUUAAACCUUCAUAUCAAAUGUGCUUUGUUUUCGUAUAACAUGGCUGAAAAAAGAAUCGGAGAGCUUCAGCAAAUUGCCCAUAUAGAUCCAUUGAUCUCUGUGGAAAAUGGUAAAGAAGAACUCAAAAGAGCUAAGUGCUUUGCAUGUUGGAAGCCAUUACUAGAUUUUGUGUACUUAUCUCCUGAUUGUGGAUUUUACCUACAUGCGGAAUGUGCUGACCUACCUGCAAAAAUCAAUCACCCUUUUCAUCAACAUUCUCUUUCUUUACAGUUUUGUGGUGAAUAUUUUUCCGACUUAAGCAAGCGUCUCCCUUGCAACAUUUGCAACAUAACCCCACGCAAGGGAUUUUUUUAUUGUUGUUCAAUUUGCAAGUUUGCUCUUCACAUUGAAUGCGCAUCACCACCACCACCAAUUAUUGAAGAUAAAAAUCAUCAACACCCUUUCAUACGAUUUCGGAUACGUAUCCCAUUCAUUUGUGAUGCAUGUGGCUCUUCAGGGAGUCAUGUAUGCUACAUUUGUUCCACAUGUGACAUUAUGGUCCAUAGGAGCUGCAUUUCAUUGCCACGCAUCCUCAGACACCCAUGGCAUUUUGAGCACCCCAUUUCCCACACCUAUUUCCUUGGGCAAGAUAAGUUUAAAUUGUGGGAAUGCAGAAUUUGCCAUCUAGAGAAUGUGAAUUCAAAGUAUGGAAGCUACUCUUGUUCUGAUUGUGAUUAUAUUGUCCAUGUGAAUUGUGCAAUAGAAUAUUAUAAUUGGUACGAUUUUGAUGAGUCGGGAAUAAUAGAUGAGAAUCUUGAAGAAAAUUCAGCAUUGCAACCAUAUUCUAUUAUUAAGGAGAUUAAAGAGGGAGAAUAUGUGGUAGCAAUUGAGAUAAAACAUUUUAGCCAUCAACACAACUUAAUUUUAAGCAAUGACGUCGACGAUGAAAAAUGUUGUGAUGGUUGCGUGCUGUCCAUCUCCACUUCUUAUUAUUAUUGUUCACAAUGUAAUUUCUUUCUCCACAAAUCUUGUGCUGAAUUACCAAGGAAGAAGCAUGUUUGGUUUCACGCUCACAUGAAGCCUCUUCAACUUACUUCAGACCGCAUUUUCAAAUGUGCGACUUGUGAGAAUGAAACUAGUGGCUUUGCCUUCACUUGUGAGGAAUGCAACGAUUGUAUCUGCCUUCGAUGUGCUUUAACUUCUGAUACUCUCAAAUGUGAAGGACAUGAACACCCUCUCUCCUUUCAAAAGGAUCAAGGGUUGUGUAAUGCUUGUGGUUGUUCGACGAAAUUUGCAUACAGAUAAGAAAGAAAUCCAAACCAUUGGUUUUACCAUUGUGCAA